AUGGCCCUUCCCAUAGAUGUAUACCUUUUUGGCAAGGGUAUUCUUUUCGCUCCAAUGUGCCUGCCUUCCAAAAUCCUGGAGUUCUACCUUUGCAGAAAGCCUUCGAUUUUAUUCGGGGGCUUUGACCGAAACCAUUUCGCUUUAGGCGGCUUCCUGCAAAGCUUCUGGGAAUGUUACAGGUACGAGGAUGGGGAUCAUCAGGUAUUCCAAGUUCAUGGUGAUCGGCUCAACCGAUGUUUUCCCUUUUGUAUCUAUGCGGACGAAGGACGUGGAUUGCGGAAAGCCCCCAUACAGGUCGUGGCCCUUGAGACAUUGUGGGGUUUAAACACGUUUGCUGCUUGUGAGAAACUUGCAGAAACUCGUGGCUGGAACACCCAAACUUUCUUGGAGGCAUCAGAUCACACUGGACGUGGUUCGUCGCUAACUUCUCGGCUUUUGCUAUAUGUUCUGCCUCAUGGAGCCUACAAGAAGAAACAAAAACAGUUCUGGUACGAUACAUUCAAUGCUCCUGUGAAAGAUUUGACGGCGCUGUUCACUUCAGGAAUCACAGAUCAGAAUGGGGAGACCUGGUUCCCCAUUCUCAUAGGUGUAAAGGGAGAUGCACCUGCCCUCAACAAGAUCGGCAAUUUCAACAGAAGCUUCCUGCGAAUCAUUGGACAGAAAGGGAUUUGCCACCUCUGUCUGGCCGGCAAGCCUGGCCACGCGUGGGAGGAUAUGGGAGAUUCGGCAAGCUGGCAUGGAACGUUUUACCAAGAACGGCCCUGGACGGAUCGAAAGCCAUCGUGCGUACUUCCCAUACCUUUUAGCUUGCAGGCGCCGGAAAAGGUAUUCAGGUCGGACUGCAUGCAUUUGGUGAAGCUGGGGGUUGCCCGGCAUUUCAUCGCUUCAUGUGUGGUGGCAUUGGGCGAUUGGGACAUUUUUCCGGGCAGUGCUGCCAGCAUGGCUAAUCUUUUGGAGCUCUCGCACAACGACUUUGUGUGGUGCUGGAAGGCUGCCGAUUCUCUGAUGCUGGCACGAUGGCUGCUGCGACUGUUGCGACAGGGGCCUGUGAAGCCGGACGAGACUGGGCGUUCAGGGGUCACGUUUUUGAGUGACCCAGAGAAGGGGCAUAUCUUCAGAGCAAUGGAAGAUGCAUGCUGCAGCCUUCUGCGUUUCUUCCAGAUUAUCCACAAGAAUGGGCUGUGGCUGAACAGAAGUCUGGGGCAAUCAGCUGCUGUUUCGGUCGAGCUGUUUUGUCUGAGCUACACUUUCCUGGCGUGA